AUGGAGGAAACAGACCUUGGUCUUACCGGCACCAGGGGGUUUUGGAACGAAAUGUCCGAACAAGAUGAUGCCACGAUUAGGCUCGAGGAGACCAACGAUUUCUUUAUCGAAACGCAGUAUGACUACGACAGCAACCCCCCUCCUCUGAGUAGUAUUACAGGCGCCGAGGAAAAGUAUAUAUCGUUUGUUGAAAAGAAGAUCAACCAAGCCAUUUCUAAAGCAUGGGACGAUGCAAUCGAUUUAUGGAAAGAGGAACUUCGGGAGGUUCUCAAGCCAGAACCUAGUCGGCGAAGGGAGGUUAUACCAGUGUAUUUUGAUGGUGGGCUUGAAGUCGGCUUCGAUGACCCAAACUUAAAUGUUCUACCCUGGAUGGAAAAAACCGAAAAAAUACUCAAGUCAUGGUGUAGUGAGAAGUGUGUCCAUGGACUGGCAAAAAAUCAGAGGGUCUUUUGUACAAGAAACCAGCCUAACCUUUUUGUGCCUGCUUUUCUUCCCGUCCGUCGUCCAAAAAUCAGUCGGUCAGCUGAAGAGGUUGAUCGCAGACUUAACCGGGGGGAUCCAUUCGGUAGCUUUACCAGAGAGCACCUGAUGAGACUAAGGGAGCGAAAUGUGGAUCAAAACCGAAACUCGGACGAAGACUCCAAUAACGAAACUGAACCCGAAGUGGACAACGCAAUGGAGAGAGAAAUUAUUGACGCCAGUACCAGGCACUUGCUAGAUGGCGGAGACAAUGAGCUCGAAUUCAUUCUGGAAAGUUCCGGGCGUGAAGAGGAGGACCCCUGGCUCCCAGACUUGAAAUUUUCGAAGUGGCCACAGUUAAAUACUGUGAAGGCAAUAGGUGGAACUCACAGCGGCAAGAUCCCUCUCUGUUUGAUGGAAUCAGAGACAGGAGAGGGAGAGACAAAAAGGACACUGGCGGAUCCUAAUGUCAGGAACAAGGUUUCAGGUGGUCAAAUUUAUAUCCCCAUGACGAAAAGGAUAUUCCAAUUUGGGGAUGCUCUGGACAAUUCUGAAAUUGAAGCACUCCCGGCAAGGGUGUAUACACUACUCAACCACAAAGGUACGCUCGCUCCCAAAAGGGGCGAAGAAAUCACCAACAUGGUGAUCGACACAGUGAGAAAGUUGCGGCAACGGAUCAAAAACACGAGGUCCGAAAUCCUUGCAAACCACAAAAAGAACAUAAUUCGCUUUGAGAUUUUCUUCCCGACAGAUACAGAGGGCAAAAUGGAAUACUUGGAAGACCGUGACGACUACGCUUCUUCAUUUGUGGUAUCUAAUUGCGGCCAACUCAUGACGCAAUUUGCCGACAGUUUGGAAGAGUUCAUCACACCAGUCUAUUCAGUUUUCGGAGACAAGCAAUCCAUCGACCGUUGCAUGGGCCUCUCAUCCCCAGCAAAGGGUCUGCUGUUGAUUUGCACUGAGAGGGCUGUCGAGCUAUGUGGGAGUGAUCCAGCAUUCAAAGGAAGGUUGACCACGAAAAUAACUGAGAAUAGUGACCUGGCCGGAAAGUCAUGGCACAUAUGCCGAAAUCUCCUUCAAGAAAUCUCCGGCAGGGAAAAAGACUUCAUAGGAGGAACUCCUUUCGGCCUGUCAACUGAUUUAAUGAUUGCGGAAAGCACAGAAGAACAAAUGGAACAGGAGGGAAGAAGUCAACGCCCCAAGAAACUCCCAGUUCAUGUGCAAGUCUUCCAGAGGCUUGCAGAUAUGGGUGUGGACCACAUAGUUUUUUUCAUGCGCCGAAUGCUCGACAUCAAUUGUGCACUUUUCCGGGCCACCGACAUCUGCAUGCGAAACAAGAAAUAUCUUGACUACUAUCGUGACCACAACCGCGAAGACCCAAAUACAGAGGAUCCCCCCGAAUACGUCCCUCCGAAGAGGGACAUAUUCUUGAAGCCUAACUUUGCCUUAAUCGCCAAGCUCAGUGACAUGGACUCCCUGGGGGAGGUCGUGACGUCAAUGUGCCAGAUCAUCUACGAUGCAUAUUACCACGAAUCAUCUUGCCUCAUACGAGACGAGAUUAGGAAGUACUUUGCAGCAUUCAACAAGAAAAACCGUGCACAUAAGGUGAACCCCUGGCUCCCGCCACUGUCUGACUUCCCAAAAACGGACAAGCAGCUGAACAAGUUCUGCCGGGAUGUCAGUGAAAAAUCGGUUGGUGGAGUGAAGAUGGAAACAGCAAAAGGGACCUGGAAGCAAAAGCAGAAGGUGACGGACGGGGAGAGUUUUGAGUCACUCAUAUGCUGCACAAUGUCAGACAAUCAAAGCCUUGCACCUGCAUGGGAGAGAAGCGUGACUCGGAAUCUCAUACGAUACUGCCUGACCAUUCUGGACAAAACGAAGGCCAAUCUAACCGAUGACAACGGCAACGAAAUCAACGAAGACCUCGAUGAAGUAGAUUUUGGUUCGGAAGAAGCUCAGCGCGAGGGUCUGAUGAACGCGUACACAACACCGCAGCAGCUGCUUUCAUCAAAGAGUUUCCGAAGCCAUCUGAUGCAGACCUUCAUUGAUGAGGCAAAAAAGGCCCACGAGGAAUCGAAGCCACUUAUCUAUUACGCAACGCAAUCAAAGCGCUACCAACGUCCCACCCCACUCAAGGACGCAACCUUGACAUUCAAAAUUGAGGCCGUGGAGCUGGACGUAAGGAACCCAGAGGCACAAACCAGGAAUCCGGGAAGGAAACGGAAACGAGAAGCACCCCCCAAACCCCAGGCACCCCAGGCGAUCGAACCAAUAUUCCCCUACGAAAAGAACAAACAAAGUCCAGCAACGACGGCCGAGAUCAACCAACUGUUUACUUUUGCAGGAAGGCUGAACUACAGAACUGUGCUGAUCAUUCGAUGUUUAGUUUUCGUUGCAAUGAAUGUAGAGAUUGCUGCAGAGCCAGGAGCAUGGAUGCAAUACGUUCACAUGUGCCAACUUACAAAUGCCACCAGACUCCACGAAUUAUUCAAAACAAAGGAUGCCAUGCGGCGGGCAGUAAAGGCUGCAUUCGAUAAAUGCGAGUUCAAAAAACACCUUUCGUACAGGGAGUGGUAUCAUAGUGUUUGCAAACCAUUUGGGAUCUCCGACCCCCUAGAUAACACUAAUAAUACAAGCGAACCCAAGGCAAAUGCAGCAGGGGGGAAAGGGAGCAACACCCCUUUGGGCCCGCUGCUCAGGGCUGCAAUGUACAAUGCAAACUUUUGGGUUUGGGACAGACAAAGUGGACCACAGUUCAAGACAUUGUCGCAGUACGACGAAGAGGACAAGAGGAAAGUCUACGUAUCCCGAAACACACAGGGGAUGACUUUCAAGACACUACUCGACACACACGCCUCUUUGGGCCUAAUAACACCAGGCAUGACAGACGGUCUGAAGGAGCUUACUAUUCGCGCCUGGGAAAACCCCAAUGCAGAAGCAAGUGGGCAAACUGAAUCACUGUCACCUACUAGGGGCGACAGGGGUGUGGGCAUGGCUGCUGUGGUGACACCUGGGGCGGCGGGCAGUGGAGCAAGCCCCCAUUGGCUUGACCAGCAAUCCCAAGCAGACUACGUGUAA